AAGUCAAUGAAGCGUUUGCGCAGACAGCGAACGCGAACACAAAAGAAAAUGCACGAUGUUGCUGCCCCUGGCUGCAAACUUACACUUUUGCACGUUCGACGCGUUCGGAUUGGGUUUCCCCAGUUGCUAGCACUUGCGGGAUGGCAAUUAAGAGCCAGGGCUACACAGUCGCACCACAGCGUUUUGGCAUUAUUUUGCCCGCUAAAUCGUCAGGGCUGCACAAGUGGUCGCGUUCAGCGAGAACUAAUAAAGAGUGAUUUUUCACUAAGCGGUUAUGUUAUCGAUAAUUGUACAAUACUGCAUAUCUCAGUAAAAGCCCAAUUUUAAUCGAAAUUGUUGUACCUUGGUUACCUAUAUGAUUUGUAGAAAUUAAACGUAUUCAGUUAUAAAUGACACAGACACUUAAAAUCAUUAAUCGGUGUGCUGAAUG